AUGCGCGCUCAUGAAUCCUCGCAAAAGCAACGAAGCAAGGCAACCUGCACGAUUGGAGCUGUUUUCUGCACCGCCACUUCUCUCGUUCUCCCGACGGCUGGAGCUCUGCUUACAGACCAAUCAUCGGCCGCUGAAAACCGGAUUCUGUGGCGCGACGUGGCGCAUCCUGUGCGGAGUCGAAAUCAUAGUUGGGUGAUUGGGCGGACUCACGCUCUCCCCGCCGGCGGCGGCUCUUGGCAGCGUCAUGUUUCGCUGGACCAAGUCGCGGGUACCCAGCUAUGCCCGCCCGGCGCGGCGGAGGAUUCAGGUAUUCGGUACAGGUUGCACCGAUCUGCGCUCAUCUCAUCUCGCUUCCUCAGCCCUGCAGCCCUACAGUUGGCUGUUUGA